AUGUAUGUGGUUACCUGGGACCCUGACAAUGGACAUGUCGAUACCAGGAAGAUCGUGGACCGCAUGGACAAGGCCGGGGAUGGCGACGGCUGGGUGUCUCUGGCCGAGCUCCGCGCGUGGAUCGCGCACACGCAGCAGCGACACAUACGGGACUCGGUGAGCGCGGCCUGGAACACCUACGACACGGAUCGCGACGGACGCGUGGGCUGGGAGGAGCUUCGCAAUGCCACCUACGGCCACUAUGAGCCCGGAGCCACCCCCUGGGACCCUGAGACGCUGGAAGACCUGGACAAGAACAAAGAUGGCUACGUCCAAGUGGAGGAGUACAUAGCGGACCUGUACUCGGAGGAGCCCGGGGAGGGAGAGCCCGCCUGGGUGCAGACGGAGCGCGAGCAGUUCCGUGACUUCCGGGACCUGAACAAGGACGGGCGGCUGGACGCCAGCGAGGUGGGCCACUGGGUGCUGCCGCCAUCGCAGGACCAGCCGCGGGUGGAGGCCUACCACCUGCUGCACGAGAGCGACGCCGACAAGGAUGGGCGUCUGAGCAAGGCCGAGAUCCUGGGUAACUGGAACAUGUUCGUGGGCAGCCAGGCCACCAACUACGGCGAGGACCUCACUCGGCACCACGACGAGCUUUGAAGGCCACGCGUCCACUAUAGACUCGUGGCUCCACAGCCAGGGCCACGCUGCUCGGCUGUAACCACGCCCUCUGCUUAGGCCACACCCCACUGAGGUGGCCAUGCCGCCGCGUCCUGACCCAUAGGACGUGGGCACGGCCCCAGGAGGCCCGGUGGGGUUAUCAUCCCUGUGAAGUCCUUCUCCCUUCCCACCAGGGCCUCCCACCCACCGCCCAUGACGGCAUCCAGCCAUUUCUCUCUGGCAGGGUCUCUCAGCACAGACCCAGGACCCUCAGCCCCCAAAGUCAGCCUCCGAACGCCUCCCAUCCCACCCCUUCCAGCCCGGAUCUGAGACUCAGGCCCCCCAGACUGAGAACCAGGAGCUAGCCUGGACCGUGUCCAGCCCAGCACAACGUCCCCAUCGGUCCUCUAGAUUGCCCCAAACCCAGGCAGCCAAAGGAGGCAAAUAAAAUCCAGGGCUAGACCGAG